AUGAAUUUAUCGUCUCCAGAUUUUAAUGAAAUAAUUAAUCUGGUUGAAAGAUUCUACACUCCAGGAAUCCAAAGCGUUGAAAUAAACAGAUUUUACGCAGAGUGGUCAUAUUGCGUUGCAAGUGUAAUUGAAACUAUCUCUAGUAAUACAUCUGUCAUUAAACCAAAAAAUAAAGAUACGAUAUCUUAUAUUCUAAAUGAGAAAACAGCGAUUUUAUGUUUAGAGUUUUGCCAGAUGCUGGUUGAAGAUAUUGCGGGGAAUCAUAACAUGGAAGCAAUCCAAUGUAUACAUGUUAACGACAAGCUUAAUGAAAAUGUUAAUAUUUUGAAUGCUCUACUAAAUCAUUGUUUUCAAACACUUUAUCCUAUAUCAUACUCUGAUGUUCUUCUUGAACAUGUAUUUAAAACUUACGGUUCAUGGGUAGUUUAUUUUCGCCGGUCAAAGGAUAUUCCUGAUUUUCUUUUGUCUGUGACAUUGUUCAUUUUCGAUUAUAUUAAGGAAAGAAAAGAUGAAUCCCUUUUUCAUAUUGCUAUUAAUGAAGUGGUAGAAAUAAUUGAUCGACUCCCAUCAUUUUAUUCAUCAGAUCUUCGUAUCCAUUUAACAAAAACACUGGUUCAUUUGGGUGAGCCUUUAAUCAAAGGAAUAAUUCACAAAAACGACCAAAUUUCUAAAUUAAACAAUUAUUAUAUUUACAAUAAUGAUGACGAUAUUGAGGAAUUAGAAUCAUUUGCAUCCGAUUAUGCCAAAAUUUCGAUUGCAUUGUGCGAAUGUGAAAUUGGAAAACCUGAUCGCUUAAAUUCAGAUGAGAUUUCCACGUUGUUUGAAUAUAUGCUUAUAAUUUCUGGAUUUCCUGGUAUCCCUUAUGUGGAUAACAAGCUUGCGAUGUAUAUUUUGGAAUUCUGGACUAAUUAUAUUGAUUCAUUUAUAGAUACUGCAUCGUCCAGUGACAUAUCCGAAACAAAUCCCAUUAUUAUUAAGGUAGUAGAGAUAUUUUGGAACAAAUCGGCUUAUCCUCCAGAAAAUGUUAAAUCUUCAUGGAAUUUUGAAAUCCGUGAGGCCUUUGAAUCUUUUCGAAAAGAUUUUUGGGAGCUUCUCGAUAUGGCAUAUCCUUUAAUUGGAAGCUCCUUGUUUCUCACAUUCUCUAAUAACAUCAUUAGUAACUUGUCUUUAAACACACCAGAUUGGGUUAAAAUUGAAGCUUCUCUUGCAAGUAUAAGUUGUUUGUCUGAUACAAUUCCUUUAACAAAUGAAUUUGAUGUAUUGUCACAACUGCUAUCUUCAUCUUUAAUAUCAAGAUUAGGUCAAAUAGAAGAUAAAGAUAUUCGGAUAACCUGUGUUAAUUUCAUUGGAAAUUAUGAUACAUUUUUUGAAACUGACAUUGGUCAACCUUUUUUAUUUCCAGCUCUAGACUAUCUUUUCAAAUCACUGAAUGUGACCAUCUUAUCAAACACAGCUUCAAAAUCUAUUCAAAAAUUAUGUUCAUCUAGCAGGUCAUUUUUAUCAAAUAAUCUUGACGCAUUUUUUAAUACAUAUAUUAACUUAAAACUCUAUGAACAUCUGGACAAUAUUUCACAUCAACGAAUUGUUUUAUCUAUUUCUUUUGUUGUUCAAGCUUUAAAAAAUUUUGAGAUGAGAGCAACCUGUACUGAUAAAUUGUUGACUCCUAUUUUAGGCGAACUUGAAAAAGAAUUUCAAAAAUAUAGUGGAAUGCUUCAAAAAUAUAGUGGAAUGCUUCAAAAUUCCAACGAAUCUCCAUAUUUGCAAAUAUCGUUUGACAGACUAGUAUCAUUGCUUCGUUGUAUUGCCAAUGUUGGUAAAGGUCUUCAAGAGCCGGACGACUUUUCUGAUUAUUUUGAAGGUGACCUAAAAAAUAUAGCCGAAUUUUGGGAUAAAGACAUGUGGAAUAUAAGAUCGCGAAUAAUUGGGGUUAUAAAAGUUUUUGCAAUUGACCGAUUAGAAUUUCAAGAGUCAAUUCCAGUUAUUGAGGCAUGCUGUGAUAUCUUCAAAUCAGGGUUUUCCGAAAGAUCGCCUGGUCCUUUUGUGUUUUCAAUAGACACCGUUUUGGAUUUUAUUAGUUCUAAAGCCUUAUGUCUUAAUACCCUGCCUCUCAUCAUAAAUUUUUCCAAUUGUUUUGUUACUUCUUUUUCAGUUGGUCAUUCAAAAAUUCCUUCAUAUUACAUUAAUUCACUUAUUGACAUGUUCAGCGUUCAUAUUGAAGAAACAUUAAAUUCUGAGCCAGAAGCGCAAAAUGCAUAUUUAAAACUUUUAGAAAAAAUAAUUUGCCGUUACAUGGAUGUUUUUUUAUCAAACAAAAAUGUGACUACUAUUAUGAAAUUUUCUGUGCUCAGGCUUGCUUCUCAUGAACGAUUCGUUUUAGGUGCGUCAGCAAAGUUUUGGUGUGCGUUUAUACUUUCAAAAAGCGAAAAAACUGCACCAUUUUUGCUAAACAUUGGUCCCUGUUUAGUGGAUGUUUUAGUUGACAAAAUUUCUGGUGAUGCUACCCGAAGUGAACUUGACUUAUACAUCGAUGUUAUAAAGCAAUUGAUGCUGAAAAAAAUGAUGAUUUCAAAGCCUUGGUUUGAAAAUUCAUUACUUAUAGCUCCUAAUUCCUUUGUGGAUAAAGUAAAUAUUACCCAAAGACGCAAAAUCUUUCAGCAACUAAACAGCUUGAGAGGAAAUAAAAAUACAAACUAUGUUGUCAAAGAAUAUUGGUUAAGCGCUCGAGGAAUUACUGAUUAUAUUUAA